CGUCGCGUGGCUCAGCAUGGCUCGAGUGUCGCUGGGACUGUUGUCGUUGUUGAUCGCGAUCGAGCUCGGCCAAGGAGCCCUCGGCCCUCGAGCAGCUUACGGAGGAGGAGCCAGAUUCGGCAGGGCGCCGCUCCUCGAGAGGUUCGCCUGGAGAAUCUUGGACUGGAAUUACCCGAGCGAGAUCAGCAGGCAGCAGGCGAUCGCCAAUGGCGAUUUCGUUCCCGAAAAUGCACUGCCCGUGGGCAUCGAGGUCUGGAGGGACAAGCUUUUCGUCUCCGUGCCGAGAUGGAAAAACGGGGUCCCAGCCACCUUGAAUUACAUCCCCCUGGACACGGUGCGAGGCGGCGCACCCAAGCUGAACCCCUACCCGAACUGGGCCCAGAACGUGGCGGGGGCGUGCGGCAGCGGACUGACCACCGUGUACAGAAUGCACGCGGACGCGUGCGACCGGCUGUGGAUCCUGGACGUGGGCACCAUCGGCAUCGGCAACACCACCGUGCAGGCCUGCCCCUACACCCUGAACGUGUUCGACCUGACCACGGACAAGCUGCUCAGGCAGUACAAGCUGCGGCCCGAGGACGUGAAUCAGGACACCUUCGUGGCCAACAUCGCCGUGGACCUCGGCAAGGCCGGCUGCGAGGACGCCUUCGCCUACAUGCCGGACGAGCUGGGCUACGGGCUGAUCGUCUACUCGUGGCAGCAGAACCGCUCCUGGCGGCUCGCCCACAGCUUCUUCAUGCCCGACCCGCUGGCCGGCGACUACAACAUCGGCGGCCUCAACUUCCAGUGGGGCGAGGAGGGCAUCUUCGGCGUGAGCCUGUCGCCGAUCGCCCUCGACGGCUACCGCACGCUCUUCUUCCACCCGCUCAGCAGCAACCGCGAGUUCGCCGUGUCCACCAGGGUGCUGCGGGACGAGCGGCUGUCCGCCGACAGCUACCACGAGUUCCAGGUGCUGCCCGAGCGCGGCCCGCUGGGCCACUCCACCGCCGAGAUCAUGGACGACGCGGGCCUGCAGUUCUUCACGCUGGUCGACCAGAACGCCGUGGGCUGCUGGAACUCGCUGCUGCCCUACGCCCCGCAGAACCAGGCGGUGGUCGCGCGCCACGACGAGGCCAUGAUCUUUCCGGCCGACGUGAAGGAGCGGCGCGGCCUGCUCUGGAUCAUGACGGACCGCAUGCCGCAGUUCCUCGAGUCGGAGGCGGGCCUCAACUACACCGACGUCAACUUCCGGAUACUCACGGUGCCGGUGCGCGACGCCAUCGCCGGCACGGUCUGCGACAACGUCCCGUACGCCUACUCGGGCAACCAAGUCUGGUGGGACCGAUGAUGGGCUCCCGGCGGCUCCGGGACCUGGCGCGGACGCUCUCUCACUUUGCUGCUGCUGCGCUCGACGCCGCUGGGCGCUGGCGCACCUCUGCGCUCGGUCGCGAUUUCACUGGCGCGCUCGUGAGGAUCCUCCUCCUUCCCGUUGCUCGC